UCGGCUCAGCCCCGGACCAGACCUCCGAGCGGCUGCGGGCCGGGCCGAGGCCGGCGCGGGGAGGGCGGAGCCGCCGCGAGCCGCCGGCCCCCGUGCGCCCGCGCCGCCCGCCCUCUCCGCGCGCUCCCACGAGAGGCCAAAGUUGCAGCCCGCGCCGGGCCGCGCGCGCCGAGAGCUCCGGGGGCCCCGCUCGCUUCCCGGUAUUGUUCGAAAACUUUGCUCCUUGCCUCCCGCGCGGCCCCACCUCGGCGGAGGCGGCGCGCGGAGAGCGGGGACCGGGGGGCGCUGUGCGCACCGCUCCGGCCGGGCGGGGCGGGCAUGGGCGGGGGCCCGAGCGGGGACGAGGAGCCGGGGCCGGCAGCCCGAGCCCGGGAGCGGCGGCUCUGAGGGCGGCGGACCUCCCCGCGGGGACACCUCCGACGCCACCAUGCAGCGCCCGGGCCCCCGCCUGUGGCUGGUCCUGCAGGUGAUGGGCUCGUGCGCCGCCAUCAGCUCCAUGGACAUGGAGCGUCCGGGCGACGGCAAGUGCCAGCCCAUCGAGAUCCCGAUGUGCAAGGACAUUGGCUACAACAUGACCCGCAUGCCCAACCUGAUGGGCCACGAGAACCAGCGCGAGGCUGCCAUCCAGCUGCACGAAUUCGCGCCGCUGGUGGAGUACGGCUGCCACGGCCACCUCCGCUUCUUCCUGUGCUCCCUGUACGCGCCCAUGUGCACCGAGCAGGUCUCCACCCCCAUCCCCGCCUGCCGAGUCAUGUGCGAGCAGGCCCGGCUCAAAUGCUCCCCGAUCAUGGAGCAGUUCAACUUCAAGUGGCCCGACUCCCUGGACUGCAGCAAACUCCCGAACAAGAACGACCCCAAUUACCUGUGCAUGGAGGCGCCCAACAACGGCUCGGACGAGCCCGCGCGGGGCUCGGGCAUGUUCCCGCCGCUCUUCAGGCCGCAGCGGCCCCACAGCGCGCAGGAGCACCAGCUGAAGGAUGGGGGGCCGGGCCGCGCCGGCUGCGACAACCCGGGCAAGUUCCACCACGUGGAGAAGAGCGCGUCGUGCGCGCCGCUCUGCACGCCGGGUGUGGACGUGUACUGGAGCCGCGGCGACAAGCACUUCGCCGUGGUCUGGCUGUCCGUCUGGUCCGUGCUCUGCUUCUUCUCCAGCGCCUUCACUGUGCUCACCUUCCUCAUCGACCCGGCGCGCUUCAGGUACCCGGAGCGCCCCAUCAUCUUCCUCUCCAUGUGCUACUGCGUCUACUCAGUGGGCUACAUCAUCCGCCUCUUUGCGGGCGCCGAGAGCAUCGCUUGCGACCGGGACAGCGGGCAGCUCUACGUCAUCCAGGAGGGUCUGGAGAGCACGGGCUGCACCCUGGUCUUCCUGGUCCUCUACUACUUCGGCAUGGCCAGCUCCCUGUGGUGGGUGAUUCUCACGCUCACCUGGUUCCUGGCGGCGGGCAAGAAGUGGGGCCACGAGGCCAUCGAGGCCAACAGCAGCUACUUCCACCUGGCCGCCUGGGCCAUCCCGGCUGUGAAGACCAUUCUGAUCCUGGUGAUGCGCAGGGUCGCGGGGGACGAGCUGACCGGCGUCUGCUACGUGGGCAGCAUGGACAUCAACGCGCUCACCGGCUUCGUCCUCAUCCCGCUGGCCUGUUACCUCAUCAUCGGCACUUCCUUUAUUCUCUCGGGCUUCGUGGCCCUUUUCCACAUCCGGAGGGUGAUGAAAACGGGUGGGGAGAACACGGACAAACUCGAGAAGCUCAUGGUGAGGAUCGGGGUCUUCUCCGUGCUCUACACGGUGCCGGCCACCUGUGUGAUUGCCUGCUACUUUUACGAACGCCUCAACGUGGAGUAUUGGAAAAUCCUGGCCACGCAGCACAAGUGCAAAGUGAACAAUCAGACGAAAAACCCGGACUGCCUGAUGGCCGCCUCCAUCCCCGCGGUGGAGAUCUUCAUGGUGAAGAUCUUCAUGCUGCUGGUGGUGGGUAUCACCAGCGGGAUGUGGGUCUGGACAUCCAAGACGCUGCAGUCUUGGCAGCACGUGUGCAGCCGCAGGUUCAAGAAAAAGAGCCGCCGAAAACCGGCCAGCGUGAUCACCAGCAGUGGAAUUUACAAAAAACCCCAGCAUCCCCCCAAAACCCAUCUCGGGAAAUAUGAAAUCCCCGCCCAACCUCCCACCUGCGUGUGACCGGGGACUUAGAGGGAAGGCAGGAGCGGAAAACUUUCCCAGAGAGGAUGCAGUGGUGGUCAGAGCCAAAACAUGGUGCUUUCCUCAGUUGGUUGGUUGGUUGCUUGUUUUUUUUUUUUUUUAAUAAAAGUAAAAGAAAAAAAAAAUAAAAAGUUUUUACCCUGAAA